AUGACCUCAUUCAACAAGUUCGACAAGAAUGGUGACGGCCGCAUCUCGUGCUCCGAGCUCUCGGCUCUCAUGCAGCAGUUGGACCCCAGCUGGUCCGGCGGCGACCUCACGAAGCUCAUGGCCCAGGCGGACGACAACGGGGACGGGACCUUGGACCCGGAGGAGUUCGUGCAAUUCGUCUUUUCCCCCAGCCGCUGA